UGAUCAAAAUAACAACUAGAAUAGACAGACUGCAGAUGCAAAGAAACUGACAAAGGUAGAGGAUCAAAAUCCACCAAUCACCGCACAUACACUGACCUCAGUUUGACCAUUGUGUUUUCUAAGAGGUCAGGUCUGUUGCACUCAUUACUGGCAGCAAGGUUGUGUAUAUGCGACAGUUUGUUUGAGUUUGAACUUCAGAACUCUCCUGCACUCCACUCUUAGAAAGAAAAGAAAAAACAAAAUUCUGAGGUCGAUUUGUGGAAAGUGUAGUUUUUCAAAAAACAGUAAUUGAAUCAACUUUCGAUUAUUGAAUCAAGGCUGAAUAUGAAUAUUGGAUUGUUCAUUUUAUGAAUGGAUUAUUGAAUCAACAAACAAAAUAAUUUUUUUUUUUAUGAAUGAAUUCAUUAGUUCGUUAGCAACAGGAACGCCUGACCUGCUUUGCCUGUAAUUGUGACCCAGGAACACAUAUCACUAGUGAUAUGUGUAGGGGAACACAUAUCCCUAGUGAUGUGUGUUCCUCCUACCAGGGAAACACAUCACUAGUGAUAUGUAAUCCCCUACCUUGGAAACACAUAUCCCUUGUGAAAUGUGUUUCCCUACCUCGCAAUACAUAUUCCUAGUGAUAUGUGUUGCCCUACAGGUUUAAGUAUUUAACUUGCAGAUCAUUUAGGUACUUCACUGUCAUUUCCUGUCUGAAAAUAUUUUCUUCCUACUUGCCUUAAUUCAAUUCAAGUUGCCUACCGGUAAUGAUAUUAUUAAUAAGUAAAUAAUUAUGCAAGUGGUUUAUUUCGUGUAACAAGGUUUAUGGACUCUUUUGUUACAGGUCAACAUGUAGAUCUUCAGUUCCUUAUCAAAGUGUCCAUGAAGGAGUAUUUGUUAGCCGUUUCCAUAUCAAAGAGUAUUUCUCCUGGUUUUCUAGCUUGGAACUAGGAACUCAACAGAUUUCAGUGACACCUACAAAUGCUACAAGUAAGUGAGAAUAAAAGAUAGUCAUUUUAUUGUCUGUCUAAGCUGUGAGUUAAGACUGCAAGAAUUUUUUUUGGGCCAGGAGAAGACAUCAUAGCAAAUUACAAUAUUUUACCCUGCAGACCAAUCUGAGUUCUUGUGCCAAUUAAGCAUGAUACUGCCUUUGAGUCUUUAUUACAACCAUUAAGUAUAUGCUUUGGUUCAAUUUUUCCCUUGAUUCAUUAUAUUACCUUGCCCAAAAUCAAAGGAAAAUAAGAUUUGAACGAAGGAUUUCUGUUUGAACAUUUUAAUAGUCUGCAUGUGUGAGUUUUGGCAGCAAAGUUGACUUUGGCACAAGAAAAUCAAAGCAUCUCUUCCCCAUUCUCUGCGUUGUUUAGUAACUCCCCUUCCUCAAUGCAUGCUGACAUGAUGGUUUAGGCAAACUAUUCCCAUUGAAGGCAUUGAAAAUGAAUCUACAGUGUUGACUUGUGAUCUAUUGUAGGGGGAGGCAGGUCAAGGCGAAAAAGGGACACUUCAAGUAGGCAGCCACAGCCAAGAACAGUCAGCAGGAUAUCAAACCAGACCGGCUCAACAGCUCAUGGUGAUAUGGAUAGUUCCACAAGAGGUCCUUACAGUGAAGAUAUCUUGGACUCUGUACGGUAAGCAUAAUAUAACUAAUCCACUUCCAGAAAUAACAGCUGCAUGUUUCAUAGUUUACAAGUACAUCAUCAUAUUCCCUUCUUGCUUCACUUCUUUAAUAUACCUUUCCCAGCAAAAUGAAACAAGCAACCUCAUUUCUAGGGUUGUUAACUGCCACCCGGUUAGCUUAAUUGGAUAAGCGCCAGUCUGCUGAGUGGGAGGCUGCUGGUUCAAAGCCCGGGGGAACUCCCAUAUAUGAAAGGGGCAGGGAUGCUCAUUGGAAAUUUUGAAUUAAACCCUAAAGGAGACCAAUCUGGGUGUGGCCCAACCUUUUUUGACCCCUAAAAGAGACCAUUUUAAAACACAGACAAAUGAAAAAUACAGCGACUUUUAUUCAUGGCAAAGACAUUAAAUAGAAUAGUAAAUAAAACGAAUUGAAAUUUUUUUUCUAUUUCUUUGCGUGCAACCCUAAAAGAGAUAAGUAGUAUAAACCAUAGGCCCCAUAUCAAAACCCUUGCACAUAUAAUAAAUUCCUAGGGGUGUUAAAUAACCCUGAAACUGUUCAUAAAAAUAAGGGGACAUAGUCCCCAGUGUGGUGGUCUAUCCCAAAUUCACACUUACAGCGGAGGCAUCAUUACUCACUCAUUCCUUUAUUACUUGUUAACUCGCCAAAAGCAGUCUGGCAAAAGUGUUGCUAAACAGUGUUGUAAGUUAUCCCUUAAAAACCCUGAGUUGAGGGGACAGUAAGAUAUUUACAAUUUACAAUUAUUUACAGUUACAAUCUCCUACUUUUCCAUGGAGCAAGGAGGGUGGGGUAGGAGUAAGAGAGAAUCGUGGGAACGUCAGCGAGGUUGCAAAACACGUUUUUCGGCAAUAAAUCAAAGUCCCCCUUGAUUGCCCAAAAGGCAGAUGCAUGUAUACAUAUGCUAAACUAUUACACACUUUGUUUACGAUACCAGUAAUAUUAUUGGGUUUUUCCUUCAAAUGGUAAAAAGAAAUCCAUCCUAUUCAGUAGAUAACAUCAGCCAUGAAAGUGAUAAUUUUUCUAAGAUUGUGCAAGUUUAAUACAGUCAAUCAGUAAAAUUAUCUUUAUUUUCUUUAUAAUUAUUUAACUUACAGAGCUCACUUCAGAGAGCAAAUCUUUGAACUUGGAGAAAAGAUGAAUUUCAUGAAAAUGAUCCAUUAUGUCAUUCUUUUGGUCUUGUUAAACAAGUAAGUUAAGUGUACAUAAUAUUUUAUUACCGGUACUUUAAAUAGCAGGGGCACCCAACGAGGAUAUAGUUCAAAACCACUUAACAUAGCAUUGUUGAACGUAUUUUAGUAUUUAAACGGUAGAUAUAGGCAUAUUUUUAUCCCCUAAAAACUUUUCAUCUGUUCGGAUUUCCUAGCUGAAAGUCCAGUGAUCCGAAAAUUAGAGGGAUCAAAACUUACCUUUUCGAAAAUUUCAGCCAGGAAAAGGCUCCCGAAAAUUCUAGGUGGCCUUUUUUAGGGUAAAUAUCCGUUUAAAAUGGGUACUUAUACCAUUUUGUAGAUGUUCGAAAAUCCUAGGAGAGGCAGGCAAGCAAGAAAUUUUACAACAAAUGUUCCGAAAUUUCUAGUUCUCAAAUCGUCUUCCGAACAGAUAUUUUCCCGAAAAUUGCCGUUGGGUGCCCCUGAAAUAGCAAUAGUUUCCCUAGAGUAAUGGUAUACUGAAAUAUUGUAAACAAGUGAUAUUUUCAGAUUCUAAAGAGCUUAGGAUAGUAAUAAAUUGGUGUGUAAUAGAUAUAUUUAUCAUCAUAACCACUAGACCACCAGUACCUCCGUUGUAUUACUGUGUUACCCAUUGACAUGCUGUGCUUUGGGAUGUUGGAUCUUUUUAGAGAGGAUGCUGAUGAACAAACGGCCUGUCUUGUAGAAGCUUACCGGCUUCUGAGGAGCACAGCUUAUCAACUGCAUCUUGUCAUGCAACAGAACAUUGUGAUUCAAGAUCUUAUAACCUUUUUCUCCUCUCGUGAGGUAAGAUUUUAGCGCUCUAUCUAGUGGGUAGCCUGUGAGCAAGCUCUCCAUUUGGGGGAAUCGCUAGUAGUCACUCGAGAGCAGCACGUGAAAGGAGACGCGCGGCUUCGUCACUCACUCGCGCGUUCUCUCGCGGCUCGCUUCGCUCGUCAUAAAUGAAGAGCUUGCUAGCAGCUGUCUAGCGGGAAAAUUUGUUUUUAGCGAUGUUCCCAAAGAUGAGGUUUGAAAGUAAUUUAGCCAUUGCUGGGUUUGGGUUUGCAAGAAUACACUUCAUUUCAGCAGUUAGCUGAAAAUCUUGUAACACGUUUUCAACUAAUAAACCACUUUAAACCGUAAGCUAAAACCAACUGACUUGGAAUACAAAUAGGAUACGAAAGUUUGUAACUGAUAUGACGGCAAGGCAACUGAUGCUGGACAAGGUCAUGGAAUUUUAACUUCAGUUUAAUUUCAGCCCAAACGUUACCAUCUCUAUUAUGUCGUAAAUUGAGAUACACUUAAGAAAUUCAUGCGGGCGUUACUUUUUAAAGUUUUCCUGAUUGCCACCUCUUGUUUUAGAAUGUGUGAGCUGUGACUUUAUGGAAGGACUUGAAAAAGUUCUAAUGUAGAGCUGUUGAUUCUUAAGGGUAACUUUGGCCACGAAAAUUGGACGUAAAGUUUAGUCACUUUCAUAUAUAUACAAUUUCUUUUGUAUUUUUUCAUCAACUAUUUACGAGUUUUGAAGCAAUGGCCUACUUUCGAUAUAUUAAAAGUCUAACAUGACUUCGAGGCUUUCUAGUCUUUUUUCUAUAUUUGGUUUACUUUUCUUCUGGGAAUUGCGAGACAAUUUUUAUUCACUUAUGUCCAGGAUUGCAAGCUUUGGGCAAAAAUUUUUUACCAAAUUUUCAUCGCAAUUUUAGAAUAGAAAAAAUUGAGAAGAAAUCUUGGCAGAAACUUGCCACCAAAAGUCGCAAAACUGGCAAGAAUAACAAAUAAAGCAAAAGGAAUGACUUUGGAAUUCAGAAAGGCAACGAAGGCACUCGAAAACUGGGGGGUGAGGGCAUCGAUUCAGCCGAAAUCGCUGAAGUAACAAGGAAUUUCGGAUCAUUAUACGUUUCUGGGAUUCUGCCCACCUACCCCUCCCCUAUGACAACAUUUUGCCCUAACUGAGAAGUAAGUGUUCAUGUGGUAGGUGGGAAGAUUCCCAGGAACGAACAACUAUCCCUUAUCCGGAAUUUUUUCUGCAAUGUGAAACUCUUGCUAGUUAUUAAAUCGCAAUAUCUCUUUUUAUUUGCAGUUGGGUGCAUCAGAUGUCGUACAGGCUCAUUUCUUGGCAUACAGACAUUCUCUAAAGAAUUUCUUCAGCAAUUGUCUGUAAGCACUGGUUAUAUUUGUUCUACUUUGUAAUUUUUAAAAAGAAAGUUUUCAAGAAAUUACUGACCCAUGAAACAGCUGCCGUAAUCAAAGCUUUACCAUACAGGCCUCUCUGUUCAGUCCUCAUUGAAUCUGCGUAGUUUACUAUAUUAGCUUGUAGCCCUUUCAAUAAGUCAAUUCCGAGCUCCAAAGACUUCAGUUAGAGAAUAAGAUCUAGUGUACGACUUUUCAGUUAAGAGGGGUAGACUCAGUACAGGCCACGCAGGGGAGUAAUGUGGGAGGCUCCACCCCGAGGUAUGACUCAUCUACCUUUUAUAUACCAUUUUUGACAGAAAAUGUACCCCUUUUAUGUACCUUCCAUUGACAAAUGGUACCCCUUUCACGUACGUAGUAAAAACACUGCAUCCCUUUUAUCUACUGAAAAUCACUGAACCGGGAGGUUUUCUUGUCCUUUUCACAACCCACCUUACGUCUGUUAGCCAUUUUAAGUCGUUUGACAGACCGAAAUGACCGAUUUCCCUCCCCUUUCGUAUACCACCUGGAGCCUGAAAAAGGUACCCCUUUCGGACGGAGCGUCCCCAUAUUAUGGGCCAUUAUAGGGAGUAGCCUUAGGCGGGAGACUAAAUUAAGGAAGACGUUUAUGCCUUUUUAUCUGCGCAAAAAAUAACUUUGUAUUCGGAGUCUCAACUAACUUUGUUUCUUACGCUUAAUGCCGUUUGCCUUUGUGGGAGCAUCAUCAUCAUUGUAACCUGCUGUUUUCCUUUCUGUAGCCGAGAGAAAAGUAGUGAUUUGCUGUAUCAUGGUCAGGUUUUAAUCAAGAUGCUGGACUCCAUGACAGUUAUCAACCCUUAUUUAAGGGGAAAGACUCGGACUGGUACACUGCCUCUUACUGCUGAGGUACACUGUUUUGUCCCAGUAAAUAUUGAAUCUUAGAUAUAGAGUGGAACCCCAUUAAUACGACGACCUUCGGGCCAUGGAAAAUUGGUCGUAUUGACGGGGUGGUCGUAUUAACGAGGUAGGGUCACAUUAUGAUGCAACACGCUUUAAACAUGUACAGCACAUGAAUACCUUUAAUUUCGCUAUACAAUCAACCUUUUUACAGUUAUUCUUCAACCUUACAACAGCAAUUCAUUGCAACUGAACAAAACCGAGUACAUGUAAUAUCAAAAACAAUACUGUAACGUCUUUCAGUUCCUUAACAGGAUACGGCCUCUUGUUAAAUGUCAAACGGUUUUGAAAAAGUCUGUGAGCUUCGAUUGGCUUCGCCUUUGCUUAAGCCAAUCACUUUGUACAGAAUAGAUAACUUUUGCGAGAUCGUUAGCAGUUUUCAUAUUGCCCUUUGCCUCUAGAAAAUUUAAAACUUCUUGCAAUCUAGAUGUCGCCUCCUUAUAUGAAGCUAUUUUAGGCACGACAGUUGCAGGAGGUUCAUCGAUUUCAUCCUCACUAACCCCUCUUUCACCAGCAACAUUUGUUUCCUCUCCUCGUUCAAGCGCUACUUCUCGAAAGAAUGUAUCCUCCCAGUUGUCUGGAAGUUCGAAGCAAACUGGUGGAUCAAAACUGCCAUUUACAGUUUCUUUCAUUGAAACUGCAGAGGCCCCACUUGUUUCUUUCGGCAAGCUCUCAACAGCAUCAAACUCGUCUUGUAAUUCUGCAAAUGGGUCAACGUCAGAGUUGCUACACUCGACUGCAUCCGUGUUGCCUUCUGCAUCUAACAUUCCUGCUUUAAUAAAGCAUUUGACACUCGUCAGCCCGUCUUUUGAUUUCUUACCGCCCGUGCAACUCUGAGAAGCCUCAGUCAGGGAUCUGUUUGGGAGCGCUCUGAAAAACUGGCCCGUUUCAACCAUGUUCCAAAUGUCGCGAGGGUGCCAUCCUUGCAAAAUUACAGGAAGUCUUUCUCUCCAUAAGUCCACCGUUUGAGCUCGAAUGCCUGAAUUAAUUAAUUUUAUGCCAGUUCUCCUUUUAAAGCGAUCUAGCUACCCGUUUGAAGCCUUGAAUUGCUCGCCGGAAACUUCUAAAGCCUCUGCAAUUCUUGUAGCUUUUUCUUGCAACAUGGGCCCGGUAACUGAAAUGUUCUUGGACCUUGCCUUUUGAAACCAGUCAAACAAAGCUUUAUCAAUCUCUUUGUUUGUCCUCUUACGUUUGUUGAGGUAGACCCCUUUAAAAUUCAUCUUUCUUCGUUUGGGUCUUUCCACAUUUAAAUUGACGUUGAGGGAUUAAACUCGUCACAACGUGUUUUCCUUUAAAAUCUCGCCGUUUGUCUCUUCUUUCUUCAACAAGAUAGAAAAUCCUUCGUUUUAUUGAAUCUGGGUCUUUCCACAUUUAAAUUGGUCUGCAAAAACAAUGUUUUGCAUGGAGGUUCCUUGACGUUCUGACAUGGAGAGGGUAUCGAAUUUUCUUUAAACCAGACUGCAGACCGCAGACCGCAGACCGCAGACUGCAGACUGCAGACCGCAGACUACAGACUGCAUGAGGCAGCAAGACAGUUGAAUGAAACCAAAAAUAUCGUAACAAAGGUGGCGUCAUCAUCAACAUUACCUUGUUCCGAGAAGUAAGGCCUACAAACGAAGUGUAUUUUUUUCACGCAAAUUACACCGACCUCAUUCCUAAAGGAGCUGUUGGCUGUUCUUUUCGUAUUGAAUUAUGGCAACUUAUUCUACGGGGGCCCCACCUGUGUACUAGGACUUGAGUAUGAGCAAUGACUUGCCUAUUUAGAAAUUAAAAAUGCACUUUUGGUAAUUCGUCGAGUCCGGGUAGGAUCUGUUGUUUUUAGAUCAUUUGGCAUAUCCCUAAAUACUGCUAAGAUGAAAUACGUCAUUUAAAAGGUGUUAAAUGUUCUUGAUCUAUCCUAGUUGUUUUUGUCGAAGUAACUGUUGUGAGCACGAAGUGCUCGCAAUCUAAAAACUUUUUUUACAAAAGACUCCUAUUUAGACAGGCAUUCACAGGCAACUUGGGAAUGUCACUUUCACACGAUGUUAUAUUUUUUAAGUCAAGAUCCUGUCGUUUCCGGUCUUCGAGCCACUGGACAUAAUGAUCUUUACCGAGGAAUAAUGAAGAUCGUAUAUGUUUGAAAGUUUUUAAAAUAAAAUUGCCUGAAUUUCUGACUAGUUUCAUGAUAAAUUUGUUUUGAACAUUGAAGCCCUGAGUUCAUUUGCUGAUAAGCAAUUGAAAUUUAUGCUCAAUUAAGGAUAAUCUUUAUACUCAUACGUUGUGUGUUUUUGUCACCGGUCAGGCGCUAUUUGUAGGUAUUUCAAACAUGCGUUAAUUUUGUUUAGUGGUUUGAAACCUCUCAAAGCAAGACAGGGGCUUGUGUCCGUUAAAAUUUUGCUUGUUUGCCAGACACAUCAGAAUUGGCACAUGCCGCCGAUGGAUGUUGAAUGACAGACCUCCAAUCAGUCCAAUAAUUUGCAUUUUUAAGAGAACGGAUAGUAUUUCGGUGUUUCCCAUGUCUGCAACUGUUGUCGAAUUACAGCACAUGCAAUAAUUACCAUAUGUUUGAUUAGUCAGUUUGAUUUUCCGCAGAAGUCGUGGCGGGUCCUUCUGCAAAUACAUCCAGCUUAAAUGAAACCGAAAUUCCUUCCUGGAUAAGGGGAUACCAUGUUUAUCAAGAUACUUGGGAGAUUGAAAUUGGAGAGGUUCUUGAUUUAAUACACGAACCAAACAAUGAACAUGACAAGAACGCUAUAGCCGUGAUAAAGAAUAACGAUGUAGCUGGUCAUGUACCAUGAGCACUGGCUAGCACAAAGCAGGGAACUGAAAUUAUCCGCCGUUUCUUAACAAAAAAAGGAAGCAAAGGACAAGUUCAAGUUGUUGGGAAAGCCGUUAAUCGUGGCGGGGGCUACGGGAUGGAAAUACCAUGCGCGUACAAGUUUACUGGACAGCCAAGAAACGUGGAUAUGCUCAACAAAUUACUCGACAUUCCAAAUAACCGAUCGGUGAGGAAAGAAAAGGAAAGGGACUUGAAGAGAAGAGCUAUGGAGGAAGGGAACAGAAACAAAAAGGCGAAAUAAUUUUCAGAGCCCUCGAAAUGUUACACUGACUUAUGAAUAUUUGCGAGGCACUGAAACGUAAACGUGUUCUCACAGCGGUGUGGAGCCUGUUCAUUCAUCUUCUUUACUUGCUGUAAUUUCCUUUCCGGAUGUUAUCGACUGAGCAUGCUGACCACAACAAUGUCUGUCUGCCUAAAAACAUUGAAUAAAAUUUUAUUGCGUUAUUUGUCAGAUUAAGUCUGUCUUCAUUCAGCAGCCCCACCAAGCAUUUUGACUGGUCGUAUUAACGGGGUAAUUUUAUAAAGAAAAUAACGACUCGGGACUCCCAAAGGUGGUCGUUGGUCAUAAUACUGGGGUGGUCGGAUUAGCGGGGUUUUCAGAUAAGAAAAUGAGUGGGCUUUUGUUUGGGUCACAAAAAAGUGGUCGCAAUAACGGGGUGGUCGUAUGGCGGGGUUCCACUGUAUAGGUAAGUAAUGGAGAAUAUAAGUACUUAAUUAUCCUCUCCCCUUAUGUAGUUUGGCAGGGAUAAUAAGACAAAUAAUUCAAAAGGUACAUAACAAGAAUAAGAACCCCAACUGGCCGGAUCGGAGUCAAACCAGUUGGCUAUUUUACAAUCGUGGCCGAGGAUUUGAACUCGGGUUUUUCGAGAACAAAUCCAGCAAGCGAUAAGGGGAGAGACUCGAACUCGGGGCCGCUAAAGUACACGUUCCGCUCUCUAACCGCUUGGCCACGCUGCCUAGAAGACAUGAUGCACUAGGCUGGCUGUGGACACUUUUUUAUAUUCUUUCGUUUGUUUGUUUUUCUUUUUUCAUCCGUGCUUUUAUUCUCCAAACAGGUUUACUCGAGAGUGUACUAGAACAUGAUAAAUGUUCUUCAGCUUAUACGGUUUUGUUGUGAUCUAUCUACAUGAAUUUUGCUCUUAGAGGUGGCUCUCCCAGUCCCUUGAUUUUGUAGUAGAAGACGUACCGUGUGAUUGAUCGUAUGAUAACUAUCGAGCCGUACUUUUCUGUGGUGUGAGUGUUUCAUCAGAGGUUCCAACACCGAGAAACAAAUAAAAGCUAUUCUUCAAAAUGAAAGGCUGUUUCUCAACUUGAGUGUCAGUCUGUCGUUGGGAGCCUUAAAUGUGACCAGUAAAUUAAAGCCGCGUGCAAACUAGACUGCAAAACAGUCCGUAUUUUUGCGUAUUCAAGUACACGCGAGCAGUCAAACAAAAGGUCUGGAAUGAGACUGAAAACAGAGAGCGAGACUGGGGAGAGACGCUAAAAAUACUACGGGCCUGUGAGGCUCGUGCGCCUCGCGCGCGUAAGACUCUUACGCCACGCUUUACCGAUUUCUUUACUGAUUUUGAGAAAAAACCGACUGUUUUGCAGUCUACGUGCAAACGGACGUAACAUUGUUGGCUAACAACUCCCAUGAUGUCACAUGUUGGAUCCGUUUGCACAGCUCUUCAAACAUUGUUGGGGCCACGAACGCGCAUUACACAUGAUCUCUAAAGUCUUACGGGUUGUAUCCUUUCCACGAUGCACUGCAGGUCCCAACAUUGUUGAGAGUUGUUGCAGCCGUUUGCACACCACUGGCUGACUGCCAACACGGACGUAACUCCCAACAUUGUUGGGCCAACAAUGUUGGCAGUUGUUGCGUCCGUUUGCGUGUAGCGUAAGAGCUAUUAACCUAAAGAUCCAUUUUUGUAGCAAUCUAGUGAGUGGUGUUCAUUUUGAUUCUCACUUAUAAAGUGCAAUUUAACGGGGACCUGAAUUCAGUGAAUUUAUUUUACCUGCAGGUAAGCAAAACAUUGGAAGUGGUGAACAGAUAUUGUGAAACAAUUUUCCUCGGUUUGUUGGAUGAUGCCCUGUUUCAAUGCUCCUGUUUGAAGGUAAUUGAAGGCUACGUCUGCUGAUCUUUUCGUUUAACCCUUGCCUCUAGGAAAUUCGCCGAUAAACGCCUCUUGAUGACAGUGUGGCUUAAUGAGCCAAAACUACUGGCGGGAAGUGGAACAAGAUUUCAUUGGAAUUUCCCGGUCAACUUUUCGUGUUUUUUUCGCCCGUUUUUACCGGUUUCCUCGACUGAAUCGUUCUCAUUCUGACAUGGUUUGAAAAUCGUUUUCCCCUGUACAAGUUAGAUGACAAAGGCCUAGGCCAAACGUCGAACUUCUCAUGGGAAGUACCAUCAUGAAAAGGACGACGUCUCGCUCAGUUGAGUUUUCUGAAUGAGUUUGUAGGGCUGUCAUUAAGAGGCGGGGGGGGCGGUAUUUUCCCGGCUACUUUGAACGUGGCCCCCGUCUCCUUUCAUAGGAAAAUAGAGGAAAAAUAGAACCAAAAGAAAUCCCUAGCAGUUUUAUUCCCCGCCUACUUGUCUGCUUCAGAGGGAUAGAACGUCUGAAAAUCGACUCCGGGACAAACGUCGAUGUUCACAUGCGAUGAGCUUAACUAAUAAAUAAAAAAUUUGUCUGACAAUGUAUAUUUAGCCUUGUUCGGGAGAAAAUUUAUUACUGAUCUGAUUCAGUUGAUUGGUUCGACGCGUCCUAAGUUCGACUCUGACCAAACAGACGAUCUUAACUUAAUUUAGGUCGACCCAAAUUAGAGUUUGGUUCGUCUCUUGAAAAGUUGGACGUUUGGCUUGGGCCAAAAUUGUCCAAGACCGUUAAAACUGAUGGAGUUAUAACCGGUAUAAGGGAUGUGGAUCCGCACCGGCGGUUCAUGGGUGAAUGGGUUAAAGAAUUAAAAGGUGACAGAAUGACGUAACCCUGUCCAUUUUUUCCCCAUUUAAGCCUAAAUGUAACUACACUUAAAAUGUUAACUUUUAUAGCAAGGCUGUGCUCUAAGAAAAGUUGAAGGGAGCCCAGUGCUCUGAACUUGUGAAAUCCAGGGCGCUGUCACAGUGAUGUGGGCAUCCCCAUUCCCAAAACCCUAGUGAUAUGGGCAUCCCCUGUUACCCUAACCAUAAUCGCUAAAAUAAGAUGAGAUGGGGAUGCCCAUAUAUCACUAUGGUUUUGGGAAUGGGGAUGCCCAUAUCCCUUUAACAGCACCCAGCGUUCUCCCAAUUCUCCGCGCGGGCACACAACUCUGCCUCAUAUAAAAAGCGCUGACGUGACGAUCCCGCCAGCUACGCAAGCUAAAAUGUGUCAUCUAGUGGAAAAAUACCUCAUCUUUUCAUCUCACUUCGCGGACUACGUUGAUGGAAUUGAACACUGUGUUACGUAUUUGAUCUUUCACCCCAAUCUGAAGAUUUUCUCUCUUUGAUGUAAGGUGAACUUAAAUUUGUAACGUAAUUAAUCUGUUUAAUUUUACUUAAAAAUUUAUUUUAUUGUAUUAUUUUUUUUUUUACAGAAGUAUUUUCCCUCUGUGAGGAACAGCAAUUCCUUCAUUGUUCAGCAAAGGUUUAAACAUGGAGCUGAAAGACUGGAUAUAAUCAAUCAAGGAAAUCUAGGUGCUGCUUUGUUACAUAUUUAAACUAACUCAUCUAAAAAAAUGCAAUUUAUUUGAGUGUCAAUGUAUUUAGCACGAAAGUACCGACUGGGGACACUAUUUUUACGUAUCCUACUGGAGACGGGACUGCCAUUUUACGUGGUCAUCCGAGCCACGCCAAGGUCUAGCCGCCUGCAGGGCAAAGGGAUUACCUUCAUUUCUCACUUAUUUUGAGACGCUGAGUAUUGGUCCGGUCCCGGGAAUCGUACCCGCGACCUGCUGCUCUACAGUCAAGCGCUCAACCGACUGAGCUAAUCCUGCGCGGUCCGUACGGCAGCAUAAUGAUGCCACAGAAAAUUACUGCUACAUGUCUAUAUUUGGAAACAUCUUUGUAAAGACAACAAAUUUUCCUCUUUCUAAACUUUCAUUAUGUUUUAUUUCCUUUAGUGCUAGAUGUGGUCGCGCAAGCAAAAACUAUCGCUGCUCCCUCUGCUAUUACGAAGGAAACGGUGUUAUUACAGGUUAGACAAAUUUAUUCAUCAACCAAAGGUCAUUAUAGACUGCGUUAACGUGAACAACAAACAUAAAAAGUAACCACAUUGAAGCUGGUAUAAACUUGUAUGUUAAGUUACUCGUGUUAUGUGUGGACGUAAAACAAAUCUUCAUUGCGGUGUUGCCGGCUUUUUACAUGAAUUUUACGACCUCAGUCUCGUGUUUGCUGUAGUUAAUAAGAUUUCCUGAAUUAUAUAAGAAUCUAAGAAUCCUGAGAAUCUGCCCACUGAAAGAAUGUAGCCGAGAGUAGAUCGGGCGUGCCGGUUGCAUUUUUUAAUGUUAGAAGUGGACUAUUAGCAAGCUCUUUAUUUAUGGCGAGCGAAACGAACUGCUAGAGAACGGGCGAGCCAGCCGCGAAGCCGCGAGGGGCGGAGGAGUUGGAAUAGAGUAAAGCGAUGCAUUCCGCUGUAAGACGACCAGACGGACACAACGUGUAUUUGAGACAGGUUUUAGUUAUGGGAACUCAUAAUGGACUAUGGUUACCUGUAAUACGGUUCGCGAAAGAGAAAUUAGAGUCACUUUCGAUGUUCAAUUGGCAUUUUCUUUACCAGAUGUUGGUGGAGGAUCUCAUUUAACUAAACGAUUUAUUGCGUCUUAAUUGACGUUCAUUUCAGUACUUUGUGGACUCAAAGCUGGAUCAAGUGUUCCACGAAUUCUUAGUUGAUCUCGUGACUGAUGAAGAGUUCAUUCCUCCAAAUCCUUAUCCCAGACUGACAACUCACCUCACUGUGGCAGCUAUCAGGUGAUAUAUCGUAACCGCUCUACGGACCUAGCCUGCGUAGCUUUCGGGAUUGUUAUGUGCGGGGUACUUUCUUGGUUGAAAGGGAAAUCUGCGGCGGAGCCCGCGAGGGAUCAGUUUUGCUAUGCGCGGGGUACUUUGCGCCCGAAUCUUCUCGCAGCUCCACCGCCAAAAAACAACAGCACUCGACCGCUAAUCGCGCCAGCUACGCAGGCUAUCCACGGAACGUAAUACAAUGAUACAGUUAUAGCAUGUGUAGUUUCAUCAGUUAUUGCCGGGACAUAAACACAAACGACUUUGACCUUGCACUGCCCAAAUAUCCGCCACAGUUGAACCUCUCCACAACGGCCACCUUUGCCAUCGUAGAGUGGUUUAAACAAGAGUCAAUGUAUGGACUGUUCGCCAAAAAAAGUGGCCGUUGUAGAGAGGUGGCCGUUAGUGAAAGUUCGACUAUAAUAAAAGAAUGUUAUGGUAUUCUUCGAAGUGUCUCAUGAAACACUAAAGGGUUUAUUAGUUCCAGGUCUUAUAGAGUGGGUCCCAGUUUAGUUAGUUAGUUAGUUUAGCAUAGAGUUACUUCUUAAACUUAGUUCUGGCCACAGAGCAUUGACAGUUUCAAUAACAGUUUCCGUUGUACAUAAAAUACAUCUCUAUUCGUUUAGAGAAAAGAAGUUGAAACAAGCUGUUAUUGAUGUUUCCUUUAUAUUUUCCGUUUUCUUAGGAUGGAGCUAUUUGGCGAAAAGCGGCCGAAGCUGUUGUCUAAACUGGUGUCUGGAUCCGUUCAGUCGAUUGAUUCUCAAAGCUUUGUCUCACAUAUACCGGGCAUUGAAGCUUAUGGUGCGUCCUACCUUUAGAUUCGAAGACGAAAAUGACUAGGAUUACAAGAUUUUCUCAGUACUAAGUAGGGCUUGCUCGUGAACCUGCGUUAUUUUGGCGGGAAAACGCGAUAGCUGUCGUCAUUCUACCACGAGUUUCAACGAGAAUGUGGUAGUGGUGGAAACAAGUUAUGAAAUGUUAGACGUUUUAUCACUUUACGAUCGGGAGAGGGCUAAACCUUGAAGCUUUCCGGGGGGUCUAUUUUUGAGAAUACGCGAAAAAACUUUAAGUCAAAUCUCGUACUCGCAGUCGUUCUCGUCCUCGAAUAUAAAGGUCUCUAUUAUGUUAAAACACCUUCGUUGUAUUUAUGUUUAAGGGCGUUCUCGAUUGACCAUAUUUUGGAAUAAGAAGAGGUGGCAUUAACUGUAGAAAUCACUUGUUUUGGCGUUCAUUUCAUUGCAAUAUCUAGAAAUUUGCGUGAAAUAAAAUAUUUCAAUAUAUGUAGAGUUUAAAUGGUCGAAACCUCACGAUAGAAGAGGUUUGUAGCAAAACUUUUACGCAUCCUUAUUCCGGAAUACGAUCAGUCGAACGCACCCUGAGAGGAAUAUGCGCGCACUCGUGAACAAAGCCUCAUCCACCUCACCUUACCCCACCUCUUCGUUAGAGUUCUCUUACGCACAAGACUUACACCCUUCUCCGCCAACGUGCCCUCACUAACUAAGCCUGAUCUUUGUAUUUUUAUCAGAGCUAUAACUGAAAAAUACUUUGGUGAAAGUAUGUGUGUCUUUGCGCUAGAAAAAUCCACCGAGCGGUUGAAAAAAACGCAUAAAAAGUUAGGCGUGACCGGGAAUCGAACCCUUAUUUUUGCGGACUUAGCUGGCGAGCAGGCUCACUUGUUAACCGGCGAUUAGGCAGUCCUUCUUCCCUUUUUGUUUGGGAAACGAGGAAAAAAAUUGCCUGAUCGCAGGUUAGCUCACUUGUUCGAGUUCGCGAGCGCGCGAGACGAAUUGGCCGAGAAACUCGAACAAGUGUACCUGCUCGCAGGCUAGCGAUGACCGGACACAACGCUCUAUCCCAUUGAGCUAAGCCAUCUGGCCCUUAUUCUUUAAAAGGUGGAUAGUGCUGCACUAGCUAUGAAUGAAUCUGUAUCCAGCGAUAUCGCAAUUGGUUUUCCAAAUGCUUAUUCACUGGAUAGAGAUUGAUGCGGAGAAUAUCCAAAUCCGAAUUUUGAGUACAGCUGGGGCCUGAAGCGCAGUUCUUUUUAGAACUUGUUCUGGCCCUUUUUCAGCCGCUUAGUUGUUCAUUAGCCGCUGAUACUUUCAUCUUUUUCGUCCAGCGUUCAUUGAUUCAUCUCAUUAUACUGUUUCAAGAUUAUGACUGAUAAAUUUUGUUUACAGGCCUUGUGAGUGCCAUAGCAACAUUGGAUGGAAAACAGUACAACUAUUUACGCUCCAAAUUACACAUUCUUGUAAACAAAGUUAACACACGAACGACAAUUUCUGGCUUUAAGGUAUGUUUACCAAGCCCCUCAUUGACAAGGAACACCAGCUAUCCUAAAAAUCUAAGGGUUAUUUGAAUAGGUUCCUUUUCCAGUUUUUUUCUCCCUGGCUUUUUCCUUCUAACUGUGAUUAUAUGUUUGGUCUUGAUGAGUCAGGAGGUAACUAACCUUAUAUACAGCUAUUUCGAGAAAGGUUGUCGGAAAAAAUGCGCACGCGAAUAUACUAAUAUGGGAUAUGAUCAAUACACGGCUGUUCCUGACACUGUAGCUGUCGAGCCUACUUUUGUUGCUUUCCUUUAGCACUCGCAAACAUACGCACAUGACCUGUCGUGCCAUUCUUUCAAAUUUCUUUGAAGAAUAGUGAACUCAAAACUACCGACAAUACCUUUCGGGAUUGUCGCGUGCACUUUUUUUCGACAACCUUUCUCGAAAUAGCUGUAUGUGCACUGUUUACAGGUAGCCGUUACGACACCUGAAGGAGGAUUAUGAGCUUAUCCCUUUAUUAAGAUCCCCCUAACAGAUAACCCACCCACCCUGAGUGUUGGUCUGGCCGGGGAAUUGAACCCGCGACCCCCGCUCAGCAGACCAGCGCUCUCCCAACUGAGCUAUAAGUUAAUGCUCCUGUUGAACCUUAUUCUUUGUGGAUUGAAGCCAUAAGAAAUAAGUGUGCAGUUUCCUGUACAUUGGGAUGCGUAUUUCUUCAUAUAGUUAAGCCGCAGCGGUUUACAACGGUCUUUUAAGGAAACUUAAUGAGCACAGCGUCAAGGGGUUGGGGGCUGGAGGUUGGGGUGGAUUGCAUCAUGCAUUAUUUCUACUCCUCACGGCAUUUUUUUUGUAUUUCAGACCAUUGUAGACGCGGCACUCAGUGGUUUUGGACCACUGUAUGGUCGUAUGAUGCCAUAUUUACACGAGGUGGAGCUUGAGGAACAUUAUUUCAUCCAAGGUCCAAGAGUUGCCCGAUCAGAGGCCGUAGUCCACUUUGCCAAACUGGGUAAAGAUAGUUGAACUCACAGUUCCAGGCCCCUUCUAGUAUUUAACGACAUUUGUGACGUCAUUCAGUUUUCUCAAACCAGGGACCCGUUAUUGGAAAGUCCAUAUAAUUAACGGGCCUGGAAAACUGUUGUUAUUUACAUUUUGGAUAGAGAACUGGCUUGUUAGCCAGGACCCGCGCUUUUUUUCUUUUGAUUUUGAUUUGAAUUUUUGAUUUCGGGACCGGUAAGUUACCGGGACUUUCUAGAAGCGGGCCCCGGAUUAAACUCCUGGUCCUUGACUCUCCUGCGUUUGAUACUGCAAUUCGCGACUUGGUGUUGGUCCAAUAAACUCGGGUAGCUGGAAGACACUGGAUUCCAGAGUGCCGUCCGAGCGAAUAUUAGGGAGCUUAAGAGCAAUGUUGCUAGAACGGCAAAAAAGCAAUAGGUUUAGAUUGGCAAAACAACAACUUUGCACGUGCAUCACGCUUGUUUGUACAUUUCUUUGCCGUCGCUGUACGACUACAACGUGAAAAUGCCUAAUUUCACGUUUUGUGGAGGACGUGAACGAAGACAGCAACGACUUUCUUUUUCUUUUCCUGAACUCUGAUACAGUCUUUUAGAAUUCAACUCCAGAAAAAAUUGCCAACAUUUGACGAAUUGUACGAGUUGGAAUAAGCGCGAUAAAGUUUGAGGCAGCGCGAAGUAAGUUUUUAAGUGACGUUUUCGUAGCCGUCGCCGUCGUGGUUGCUUAAGCUCGCUAAAAAAGGGGCUGUGACGUCACGACUGGCUAAUUCACUUUCCGCGUCCUUAUUCGCCAUGGAUAAUACUUGUGAAUUUCAAAAUCAUUUCUUCCUGUAAAACAGAUAUGUCUCUCAAGCAUUAUUUCAAAUGUUACAAAAGAAAAAAAUGAACCUUGAAAAACUGUCAGGCUAACAUGUCAUCCAUGUCUCCUUUUGUAUUUGCUGUGUUAUUUAUACCUUCUCUUAACGUUAUGAGCGAUCAAUUUUUAGGUUGCACUCAAUUUUUUGGGAGUUCCCUCUGUUUGAAUUUUAAUAAAUUUCCUGACACAUCUCCUUUAAUGCUUUUGUUGUACAUGUAUGUGCCAGCUCUGACAUUAUUUUUCUUUUACUUUUUAGUUUACGACCAUCUCAUGGAGCUCAGUGAAAAGGAGGGUGUUUUGUUUCUCGGUAAGAACAUCUUUACAUUCGAACCGCCGUUAAUUGGGAAACUGAGGAGAAAAACAGGACGGAUCUAGCACAAUAGACAAUAUCCGUAUUAACAGGGUGUUUGUAUUAAGCAGGUUUUGUUAGUUACUUAAGACCAGGCACUUUAUUGGGUAGCCUGAAAAAAACAGCCGACAUUUCGCGACGCCACCACUGGUUUUCCCGCGAAAUGACGUCUGAGAAACGACCACAGAAAUUCCAUACUGAUGACGCGUCACUACCCAGAUCUGGGUAGAGCAUCUGAUUGGUCAUGCCGCGCUGGAAAAUUUGCUACCCAGAUUUGAGUAGUGAUGCGUCAUCAGUAUGGAAUUUCUGCGCUCGUUUCUCAGACCUCAUUUCGCGGGAAAACCAGUGGUGGUGUCGCAAAAUGCAGGGUGUCGGCUAUUUAUCGGGACAAAAUAAAAACUUAAAAGAGAGCAUAAGCAUUAAAAAAAACUAAACUUCUCUGUCUUACAAAUAGCCAUUAUUGCGUGGACUGAGUCCUUGGUUCUUUAUGGCAUCAUCCAAAAACUCAUCAAUAAUUCGUAAAGAAAAACAAAAGAAAUUAAUGUGUAAUGAGUCGUAUAUUUUAACUCUGAUAAUACACUCCUGCUCGUUUUUUAAACAGUACAUUAUCUACCGCUCUUACCAUUAUUUCAGGAAUUUUUCUGGGAGGCGAAAGUUUAAGACGCAGUCUUCAUGACAUCGUUGCACCUCAACGAAAGAAAGCUUUCCUCACGCAGAUUAUUGCGACUGUGACAUCAAAACAACCUCUUUAUUUAAGGGUAGGUAUAAGCAAAAUCAUGGACUUGAGUGUUGGCCGAACGUUCUUGUACAACUUAAAGUGUGAAACUUUCAUUGUUGAACGGACAAGAUAUACGUCAUUGGUCUUGCUACUAAAACACGCGCAACUUAUUUUGCAACAUUGCUUAAGGUGGCUCGACUGGAUUUUUUUAGAGGGAUACCUCCCAAGUUUGACCCUUAGCUACGUCGGCAUGAGUAAAGAUAUGGGAAAAAGGUUACCCCAACUGUAUUACAUAAAGAUGAAAAUUUCUUAUGAUUUGGGUUUUAGUGCAAUCGGAGUCGCCAUGGCAACUUAAUAACGCCAUUACGUUUUUCAUUUAUCUUUGUGUUUCUCUGUACCAGGAGUUUUUUGAAGAAAUCGCUUAAGGGAGUAUGUACCUGGCAUAAUUGCCUCCAUUAUGGCAAAGUUUUAAGAAAUUCUAUGAGACCGUUUUCGAAAUAUUUUGAAAUGCAGUUUUAAGAAUCAUAAAAACAGUGAAAUAACAUGUUAGCCGCACAAUUCGCUAAUAUUUUAAGAACAUGAUACGCUUUGGGAACGCGGCUUCACCUCAUAGUGGAUUGAUUCCAUUGAAAUCUGCAUACAAAAAAAAGAGGGGAAUUGCUCUGGGCGAUCGCAAGUAAGAAGGAUUUUAUUAACUUGCAUUCAGAUGCUUUUGAUACAGUUUUUGGAGGUAAUUUGGUCUAUGCCGUAAAAUUUCGCAUUUUUCCAAAAACCGCUCGAUAAAUUUUUUUAUGCAUUCGACAAUUCCGAAAUCAAUCGUCAAGAAAUAUUCCCUGCAAGUUUUAAGAACAUUGAAAACAGGGAAGGCUUUUAAAUAGGGCCUCAAAUAUAGCCAAUUUUUCCCCCAGAUUUUGUGUUUACAAGCGAGCUUCCUCAUUAUUCACUGGCGUUGUUUUCAAGUUUCAUAUACACGUGCACAUUUAGCAAAAAGAAUUUGCAUCAAAAAGGACCCUCGGUUAAAUCUCCGGGAUAUGCUAAUAACCGAGUAAAGAGGUUAGUGAUACAUUGUAACAUCAGAGCAACUCUUUGUGAGAGUUUCCGUGAUGUUAUAACCCGAGUAAGAUAAUAAAGUAUUGCAUCCUACACGAUGAGCCGUGACGUUCACCGUUUCGGCUUUUACUGCUAUCUGUGACGACAAGCCAAUUAUUAGCAUAUACCGGAUAUUUUUUCGGAAAGUAAUCGAGAGUUCUUUUUGAUGCAAAUUUAUAUCUUUUGCAAGUUGUGCACGUGCAUAUGAAGCUUGAAAACAAUGCCAGUGAAUAAUGAAGACGCUCAAUGGUAAACACAAAAUCUGGGGGGAAAAUUGGUUAUGUUUGAGUCCCUAUUUAAAAGCCUUCUCUGUUUUCAAUAUUCUUGAAACUUGCAGGGAAUAUUUCUUGACGAUUGAUCUCGGGAUUGUCGAAUUUAUAAAAAAAUUUGUCCAGCGGUUUUUGAAAAAAUACGAAAUUUUUAGGCAUGGACCAAAUGACGUCCAAAAACUGUAUCAAAAGUAGCUGAAUGCAAGUUAAUAAAAUUCUUCUUAGUCGCGAUCGCCCAGAGCAAUUCCCUUCUUUUUUUGUAUGCAGUUUUCAAUGGAAUCAAACCACUAUGAGAUGAAGCCGCGUUCCCAAAGCUUAUCAUUUUCUUAAAAUAUUAGCGAAUUGAGCGGCUAGCAUGCUAUUUCACUGCUUUGAUGAUUCUUAAAACUGCAUUUCGAAAUAUCUCGAAAACGCUCUCAUAGAAUUUCUUCAAACUUUGCCAUAAUGGAGGCAAUUAUGGCAGGUACAUACUCCCUUAAGCGAUUUCUUCAAAAAACUCCUGGUACAGAGAAACACAACGAUAAAUGAAAAACGUAAUGGCGUCAUUACGUUGCCAUGGCGACUCCGAUUGCAAUAAAACCCAGAUCAUAAGAAAUUUUCAUCUUUAUAUAAUACAGUUGUGGUAACAUUUUUUCCAUAUCUUUACUCAUGCCGACGUAGUUAAUGCUCAAACGGUAAUGGGUUCAUGAUAACCGUCACGAAUAUAGAGACAUUAAGUGACCACUAAGCCCACUGUGAGAAUGUUGAUGUAAUUGCUGUAGUUACUAUAGUUAGUAUAGUAGCUGUAGUAGCUGUAGUUGCUGUAGUUGCUGUAGUUGCUGUAGUUGGUGUAGUUGCUGUAUUUGGUGUACUUGCUGUAGUUGCUGUAGUUGGUGUAGUUGGUGUAGUAGCUGUAGUUGGUGUAGUUGGUGUAGUUGGUGUAGGUGAUGUAGUUGCUGUAGUUGCUGUAGUUGCUUUAUUUGCUGUAGUUCGUGUAGUUGCUGUAGUUGGUGUAGUAGCUGUAGUUGGUGUAGUUGGUGUAGUUGCUGUAGUUGGUGUAGUAGCUGUAGUUGGUGUAGUUGCCGUAGUUGCUGUAGUUGGUGUAGUUGGUGUAGUGGCUAUAGUUGGUGUAGUAGCUGUAGUUGGUGUAGUAGCUAUAGUUGGUGUAGUUGGUGUAGUUGGUGUAGUUGGUGUAGUAGCUGUAGUUGGUGUAUUUGGUGUAGUUGGUGUCAGACAUUCCCACUGGGUGUGGAACAAACAAAAACGAAAGGCUACACAGAAAGCUUCGGAAAAUUGCAGGAAGAAGUAAGUUAGGUGUUAAACUUGCGUAUGCUCUGUUUACCAGAGCUUUUCAUCUCAUAAAUACUGAAACAGACGAAAAACAGGGAUGUAAAAAAAAGAAGUAGUGGAAACUAUCGAUGUAGAAGAGAAUUUUGGCUUUUAUAAGAAUGCCAAUGGAAGCGUUUUACCAGCUGAUAUCCUGAGUUUAAACGAAUCUAAAUCCGAUCAAGACAGUUUGAUGCUGGAAGCCAUUAUCAAUAGAGCAGACGUUUCGAGCAAAAUCUAUAAUAACGUAAAAGGUAAUGGACUAGAUGAACUGGAAAGUCACGACUUCCGUCGGUCACUAUUGGUUUUCCAGUCAAUGAAUAAAGAACAUAACACCAAUCAUUCAAGUCAAAGCAUCCUUGAUCAGCGCGCAGAAAAUAUGGGUUUUAAAAGACAACCAUCAUCAAAAGAUGGGGACUGCUUCUUUUUUUUCGCUCGCUUUACAGAUAUCGAACUUGUUGACCACAUGCGACGAAAAAGUUGAAGAACAAUUCAACAAACUUGGAAUAAAAAAUCAACAAAGUAUUACCGAAAUAGCACGACGUUUGCGACAAUUAAUAGUUCAAGAAUGGCUAAGUAACAGCGAGCAAUACCAACCCUUUGUUCAACCGGGCCUUGACUAUUAUUCUGAAGCGAAACGAUUCUUAAUGCCAGGUCAUUUUGCAGCGAGUAUUUGCGAUGCUAUGCCACUUGCCGCAGCCAAUGUCCUCCACCUUCCCCUUGUCCUUGUAACGUCAGUAACAGAUUGGCCUUUAACAAUCGUUACGCCACACGUUCAGGCCAUUUCCAGUGUGCCGCUGUAUCUCGCAUUUACACAAGAGGAAAGUGGCCAUUAUGAUUCAUUGAUUGAACUUUCAAGACCCCAAUUUGUAGGAAAAUACAGGACAAUGCGGGAAAUCCGAAUAAAGCGCCGUUGUGGUGUCAACAACAAAAAUGCAAAUACUUUAAACUGUUGCGAGGCACCAAAACAAAGUAUUGGGAGAAGAAGAAAGUACUCAAGCAGAUGGAAAUGUUUGAAAGCGGGAAUAAAAUGUGGUGACAAGUGCAAAUGCAAAAGCUGUGGAAACGGAAGAAACUCACCUGAAGCAAGGCAAAGAAAGAACUACAGAAGCAAGUUUAUUAAAACAUCUUUCACUAAAAGAAUAACAGAAAAACCAUUUUUAUUACAAAGGGAAGGCGCGGAUUACACACGUAGCAGUUUUUCUGUGUUGGAACUUAUGAUUUUGGAAUUUUGCUUACUGUCGUUGGGAAUCAAAUCUUGUAAAAACAAACCAGAAAAAGUGGCAAAGCUCUACAACUCAUGUAUUGAUUUUUAUAACCGCUCUACAGCACACAAAUUAACUCGGAGGUCGAUUACUGAAAUAAAAACGGAAAUGAACAAACACAAAAGCAGCAAGAACAACAAAAAAUAGUUUUAUUUCAAAUCGUUACUUAAAUGUAACAAUGAAGUAACAAACAAGGUUUAAUCGUGUUAGUCGCAAUGGUCAUUUAAUAUAUGUGAUCCAGGGGCUCGUUAUUUUUGCUGAAAAAAUAGACGAAUACUAAUUGGCACUCUCGACUCACCAAAACUUUCACAUAAUGACAAUGCUUUAAAGUAUUUACGGUGAGGUCACUGUUUGAGGUUUAAUGACCAUAGAUUUUAGGGAAAUAGGGAAAACGGCGCUAAAAUGAAGAUAAUCCGUAAAUUUCAAGUGCCAGAUGCAGUCAGACAUUAUGUAGAUUAAUUACAUAAAUAUUAAGAGAAAGGAAAUAAAGGUAAAGACAUCAUAUAAUUUCAAUGAAAUUAUAUCGAAUACAUCAUUAUAUAAGAUUAAUUACCCGUUAGAGAGCAUAAGUUUCAAGAAUCACCAUAACGUUUUCGAGAUCCUCCCAAUUACUAAGUACAGUCGACUUCCGAUAACUCGAACCUUCAAGGGAAAUGGAAAAAAGUUCAAGUUAUCGGGAGUUCGAGUUAUCGGGAGCUUGAAGAAAAUAGCCGGAGGUAAGGUGAAAAACAGUUUCAGUACUGUACAGUGAACAUUUUAAUCACAUUUUAUUGCAGAAAUGUUAAGUGAAAAUUGAAACAUACUGUCAGAUUAUAAAUCACAACGUAUAACUUAACAAAACAUAGUCUAAAUAGAGCCUGCGUUUUACUGUUUUGAGAAGUAAAGCUGUUUCACGUUGGAUUUGUGAGAAACAACAUCAGCCUCCACUAGUGAACUAUAUCUGCGACAGGUCAGUGGGACUUUCAAAUCCAAUGUUUUGAACGCCAGUACACUGUUUUUCCAGACUUUUUAAGGGCUCAAAACACGGUUCGAGUUAUCGACGGUAAAGUUGUAUAGAAAAUGACUUGAGGGGAAACGAAAAUUGGUUCGAGUUAGCGGGAGUUCGAGUUAUCGAGGAUUCGAGUUACCGAGGGUAAAAUUACAUUAAAUGUAUGGCGGAAACCCAGGGGAAAUCGAUUUUAGUUCGAGUCAGCGCGAGGUUCGAGUUAGCGAGGGUUCGAAUCGUGAGUCGACUGUACUUACUUUGAGGGAAACUUUCUAAAAUUUGUGUUCGUUUAGUUCGUACCUCGUCUUCGGAGGGGAAUACGAGUUAGCGCGAGGUUCGAGUUAGCGAGGGUUCGAGUUACCGAGAGUCAACUGUAGUGCUCACAGAUAAACAGGUGUCAUUUUGGUGAGAAAACUAGUUGGCCGUCGUCAAUCUACUACGUUCUUUAGCGAGAACGUCAAAAAAAAAAAACUAAAAAAGGGGGAAAACGCGAUUUAAUGUUCAUUACAAUCUCGUCAUCGUAUUCCUACAACAAGACACUAAAAAAAAAGUAACUACAUCUAAACUACACCAAACUACAUCGAACUACAGCGGAGAUGCCAAAUCUGGACACUCUUUCUUUUGCAUUACCCCGAAUAUCAAUGAUCAACCCCCCGAUAAGCACAAUACAGCAACUACACCGAAUUACACCAACCACAUCAACUACACUAACUACAGCAACUACACCGACUGCAACAACUACACCAAUUACACCAACUACGCCAACUACCACAACUACAUCAACUACAGCAACUACAGCAACUAAACCAACUACACCAACUACAGCAACUACAGCAACUACACCAACUACGCCAACUACAGCAACUACAGCAACUACAGCAACUACAUCAACUACGCCAACUACACCAACUACAGCAACUACAGCAACUACGCCAACUACACCAACUACAGCAACUACAGCAACUACAGCAACUACAGCAACUACAUCAACUACAGCAACUACACCAACUAAAGCAACUACAGCAACUACGCUAACUACACCAACUACAGCAACUACAGCAACUACACAAAAUACACCAACUACAAAAACUACAGCAACUACAUCAACUACAGCUACUACAGCAACUACACCAACUACAGCUACUACACCAACUACACCAACUACAGCAACUAAAGCAACUACGCCAACUACACCAACUACAGCAACUACACCAACUACAGCUACUACAGCAACUACAGCAACUACAGCAACUACACCAACUACAGCAACUACGCCAACUACAGCAACUACACCAACUACAGCAACUACAGCAACUACGCCAACUACACCAACUACAGCAACUACAGCAACUACAUUAACUACAGCUACUACACCAACUACACCAACUACAGCAACUACAGCAACUACGCCAACUACACCAACUACAGCAACUACGCCAACUACGCCAACUACAGCAACUACAUCAACUACACCAACUACAUCAACUACAGCUACUACACCAACUACACCAACUACAUCAACUACAGCUACUACACCAACUACACCAACUACACCAACUACAUCAACUACAGCUACUACACCAACUACACCAACUACAGCAACUACGCCAACUACGCCAACUACAGCAACUACAUCAACUACAUCAACUACAGCUACUACACCAACUACAGCAACUACGCCAACUACACCAACUACAGCAACUACGCCAACUACACCAACUACAGCAACUACAGUUACUACACCAACUACACCAACUACAGCAACUACAGCAUUAAGCAACUACAUCAACUACAGCUACUACACCAAGUACAGCAACUACACCAACUACAGCAACUACGGCAACUACACCAACUACAGCUACUACACCAACUACACCAACUACAGCAACUACACCAACUACAGUUACUACACCAACUACAGCUACUACAGCAACUACACCAACUACGUCAACUACGCCAACUAAGGCAACUACACCAACUACAGCUACUACACCAACUACACCAACUACACCAACUACGGCAACUACACCAACUACAGCAACUACAGCAACUACAGGAACUACACCAACUACUGCUACUACAGCUACUAUACCAACUACAGCAACUACAGCAACUACAUCAACUACGCCAACUACAGCAACUACACCAACUAAAGCAACUACAGCAACUACGCCAACUACACCAACUACAGCAACUAAAGCAACUACACAAAAUACACCAACUACAAAAACUACAGCAACUACAUCAACUACAGCUACUACCCCAACUACACCAACUACAGCUACUACACCAACUACACCAACUACAGCAACUAAAGCAACUACGCCAACUACACCAACUACAGCAACUACACCAACUACAGCUACUACAGCAACUACAGCAACUACACCAACUACAGCAACUACACCAACUACAGCAACUACAGCAACUACACCAACUACAGCAACUACAGCAACUACAGCAACUACACCAACUACAGCAACUACAUCAACUACAGCUACUACACCAACUACACCAACUACAGCAACUACAGCAACUACGCCAACUACACCAACUACAGCAACUACAGCAACUACGCCAACUACACCAACUACAGCAACUACAGUUACUACACCAACUACACAGUGGGCUUAGUGGUAACUUAAUGUCUCUAUAUUCGUGACGGUUAUCAUGAACCCAUUACCGCUCAAACUUGGGAGGUAUCAACCCCAAAAAAUCCAGUCGAGCCACCUUAAGCGAUUUUCUUUUCUUGCGCGUUUUUACCACCCACGUUUAAACCUGUCUUGAAACAAAUCAGGAUCGGGUUGUUGCAAGUUGCGUAAAUACUGACUUCUGAUUGGAUGAAAUUACACGGAAGUCACGCUAUACACGGUAUUUACGUAACUUGCUGCAAAACAAGUUUGCCUUGGGCCUGUAAAGCGCGCAACGUUUGAGAUUUUGUUGUAAAAAAAAAAAUAGAACCACUCUCUACUGUCUGCAACAACUUUUCGCAAUCUGUAACAACCCGAUUUGUUGGAGAGACAGGUUUAAUUCCAUCCUCGUUUCCAGGGUUCUCUCCUACCCUUCCCUACGGGUACGAGAGAGAACCUGGGAACCAGGUUACCGUAUUUAUUCGAUUAACCGCCCUGGGCGCUUAUUAAAUUUUUGGACCUUGAGAGUGGGCGCUUAUUCGAGGUGGGCGCUUAUUCGAGGCUGGGCGCUUAUUAAAUUUUCACCAUUUUCAGCAAGUGAAGUAUGUUAUUUUGCAACAAAACAAUAAAUGCUAAUAACAAAACGCGAAGAAGUAACAAAGCAAGGCUUCUGUAAAAUACUCUGAAGAAAACUCCGUCCUCGGGGAAGUCUCUCAUUAAAAUUUAUUCACUCAAGUGGGUGGGGUGGGGGUGAGCGCUUAUUUGAGUUUGAUUGGGAGGAGGAGGGGGUGGGCGCUUAUUCGAGGCUGGGCGCUUAUUAACUUUUUCUGCCUUUAGGAUGGGCGCUUAUUCGAGGUGGGCGCUAAUUCGAGGUUGGGCGCUUAUUCGAAUAAAUACGGUAGUUUAAUUCGUGGUUGUUCGUGGUUGAUUCGUGGUUGGUAUUAAAAACGCGCAACGUCGCUACUCAACUCGUUUUGCUGCAAUAUUACAAAACAAGUUUCCCGUUUUUGUUGUCCGUUUUACUCUGCCUUAAGGAGAACCUUUGUCGUUUAGUGUUAUUAAAAAUAAUGCUUUCAUUUAGGUUUAUGUGACUCUUGAUUGGCGACUUGUUAUGGUAAAGAAAUCAUUUCUCCUUCAUUUUUGGCAACAAGAUCGUGGGUGAGUAAAGCUUGUUAUUGAUUAAUUUUUCGAGUAUUUUUGGUUGACUUGGGUCAUGCAGCACCAGUUUUGCAGAAAUCGAAACGAGGCGAAUGUUUUCACAUGGCGAGAAUUGCUCCCAAGAUGUUUCCUUAUUUUUUCUGUCCUUUGCAUUAAUGACUGUGCUGUUGCCUGCUAAGGGUCUGGGACGAACUAGGGACCACGUGGGAUGUGAACCAAACAUGGCGUAGUCGACUGGAUAAAUACAGUACAGUGGAAAUUUCCCUUUUACUGGGCUAUUACGAAAUAAUGGACAGAAAAGCUGGAAAUAACAAUGUCUGACUAAAAUUAACCCAUUUUCCGACAAAUUCUUACCUGUGUCAUGAUUUAUAACGGACAGAGCACAAGCUGAAGAUUCAGAAGAUAGUUUUUAAAGAAAUCAAUAGUCAACAUAAUGUAUGCCAGACGAAGUUUGUGGUUUUUCCGACUGAAAUGGUGACCUGACAGUCGGGCAUAUGUCCUUUCUUAAAACAAAAUAUUUGCAACCUUGUAAUUGUGCUUUAUAACGCCUUCGUUUUAGAUACGAGCGAUUUUACAUUGCCGGAAGUGACCCACUGGCACUUUAUCGAAGUGUUUUCUCGAACCAGGAAGUGGUAAGUUUCCUUUCAAUUAGGCACUGUCACAGCGGUUCUUGUUAUAAGCCUGUUAUAUUUUUUGUCUAAAUACCUUUCUCUUAUACACUGUUUUGCAACACUAAGAGGUAGAUUUCAAAUGAAGUAUCGGAAAGAAAGCCGACGAGACCAACCCACUUUUCCAAGAUCAUUUCUUUUCCUCUUCUGUGUUGCUAUCCAAAAGUUAGCCUGUUCCAGGCGUUCAGAUAGUAGAGCGCAGCGGUCAGAUGGUGGGGAGCGAGUUAAGCCAUACACCGGGAAAACGGGGAAAAAAACGCUGAACGCCUGGCACAGGCUAUCCAAAGGUAGUCCAGUUCUAUCUCUCUCAGCAGGGAGUUUAAGCAAAACCUUAAAGGGCUUGACUGACGCACAUCUACCGGAUGUGACCCGUUUUCCCUUUCAACACUUGUGGGCGUUGUCAAAUUCGUAAUGCUUAGUGACUUUGCUCUUUUAGAGGCGACUUACCCAAUAAUGUAGGCAAAACUACUGCCGAAUAUUUAACAAUUAUUCUUUGAAAUCGAGGUGAAUAGUGGCAAAAUAUUUACCGAGCCGCGAAAGCGGCGAGGUAAAUAUUCCCAAAGCCACUAUUCACCGAGAUUGAGAAGAAUAAUUGUUUUAGUAUAUACACACGAAGUGAUCUCAACAAAAUCAGAAAGGAAACCAUUCAAAAGUAGGAUUUGAUUGACAGAUCAAAUCACGCGUAAGUUUAAAAAUAGAUCUUUGCAGAAUUUUCAAACAUGGCAAUUCACAAGUUUACUCAUUUCGCAAACAACAGCGUAAUGGCUUCAAUGGAAUCGCUAAAAGUUUGAACUGUUUCCUUACCUGAGAAAAAAAGUAGAGCUGUGUUGUUUUCUGUUGACUCGCCAAGUUUAUAGCCAAAAGGGCAUGUUGUGUCGUUCUUCGCAUGAAGUGCUGACAAAAAUGGCGGCUCGGUUGCUCGAGGUAAGAGGUCGUCUUCCUGUAUCAUUCUUUUUUCCUGUUUACUUGAAAUGUAGAAUUUCUGCAAACAUUUCCUUUUAAAUUUGUUUGUCAUAAAUAAACUUCGAUUUUGAGCCAAAAUUUUCUUCUUAGAAAACGCUGAGUUCACGAAACGGCUUCUUCUACGCGAAUACACGGGAGUUGUAAACAAUCCAUCGAGCACAAAACUCCUGCUACAGUAAAUUGAAAAACGCCGUAUUGAAUCCUUCCAAGUCUUUUCUUGCCUUAAAAAAAGUCAGCCCUAGGAUUUUGUCGACUUUUAAAAGAUCGUUCUCUAAAAAAAACGGGAAAAACACCGAGCUCACACAUUAUCCACUCGCUAGGAGGUGAAUAUUGUUGAAUAGUCCGAGAUAGCGAACCAAUCAGAUUGCUUAAAUCACCAAGAUCACUGAGUGUGUAUAUACUAAUGCAAAAUGUCUUCUUCCGGCUGACGUACUUCGCUUAAAAGGGUGUUUGCUUGACUCCCUGGUUAACCGACACAACGCAGAAACCAGUCACACUUGGCAGGUAGCUUAAACUGUUACUAAUUAGAUAGCAGUUUCCGUUAAAGAAAAUAGAUGAAGACGUUGUUUUCAUGGAUGUAAAAAUUAUUGUUGCAGUCUUUACUGUACACCAGUUUCUGUGGGCCCCAGGACGACACGGAUCCCUGCAAGGGGGAGAAUCUGGCGCUUAGUUCAGUUCACGUGGAUCACUACAUCGAGCGCGCUAAGGAAGAAGAGAGCCUGCUUUCUGUUUACAGAUGGCUUUUGGUCAAGUCGCUCAUCAGUCAGGUAGAUGUCCUACUGUCAGAUGACCAAUUGAGUGUCGUAAAACCAAUAGCCAAAGUAGUCGCUCUAGUUAAUCGGAACACCGACAAAUCUGCUAAUAACCCAAUCAUAACUUGAAGUCGGUGAAUGUAUAACAAGGCACAAUUAAUUGGUUCUAAUUGGCUAAACCGCGUCAAGCAUUUGAAAUCACCGCAGCCCGAACUUCUGGAUGAGUCAAUCAGUUUUCUUUCAUCAAACUGAUUUGCGAGUGCGAGAAUCCGUCAGAUUGGCAAACCGAUGGUCAUAACUGAGCCCACGUACCAAGGGUUUGAAACCGUAUAUCAAAUGUAGCGCAUGUUCAACAAAGAUCUUUCUCCACUCAAGCAGUCCUUUCUCGAGUGCGUCAAAAUGGUGCAAGCGAAAACAAGCUCUGCUGGCUGGGUGCUUGUUUAGGGGUGGAAAUUGCAGAUUUUGGUCUCAAUUAGGGUGUUGAGGACAGAAAAAGCCAAUAGUUUUUAUACCUGUACGGGUAUCGCUUAGGAUUGUGCGCAAAGAAUUAUUUAUAUAAAACAAACCAAGUGCCGUGAUACUGUUUUUCAGUAUAAAGUUUGAUGUCGACAUCUAUAGCACAAUGAAAAGAUAGCCUGUGCACAGUCCCCCUAUUCCUCUCAAACAAAAUCGCGGAGAGUGCUCAGAUGUCUCUCUCCCCGAUUUUUAUUGAGGGGAAGAGGCGGGUGUACACAUUAUUUGGUUGUUUUUUUUUUAGUACAGUCUUCUUGGGGUGUCUUUUACAGCUUGAGCCACUCCCAGAUUGUCUCCCUAAAGGGUUUCGAUUCUAAUUUUCUGAAGAACAUCCCCGUGGCAUUCAUAUGGGAGUCACCCCCCGAGCUAUAUUGAAAAUUACCCACUCCCUCCUUUUUAACAACCUUUUUCAGGUCCCUGAACCGUCAUAGUUUAAUUACUUUUUCCGUUUGUUUGACAGCACCAGUCCUAUCUUGUGGAUGUCUGGUACAUGUUAAAUAGCGUGGCAUUUGAGCUGGAGUAUCUGACUACUCUGAACAAGACACUUCAGAAUUUAGUCAAUGAAGAACUCAGCAGAAGCUUCAGACCUGUGUUAGAGGAUGACGAUAGAACGGUACGACUGAUUUAACUUGCAGUGUGGCAAUUCUUUGUUAGAUAUUCUACUUUUCUCGGAUAAGGUCGAAAAUUCCUAGGCCCCGUCUCACAACAGUUUCAUUAAACUGUCUAUUAUGGGAGGUAAAGAAAUCAGACCGUUGUUUAUUAACCCUCGUGUAAGCCCUAAGAGUGAUCAGGGUCAAAUUUCUUGUUGUAAUAGCAAUGCUUUGUAAAACAGAGUGGUCUUGAGAAUUGCGGACAUGAUCACACAAGAUGAAUUUGCUUGAUAUUUAUCAACUUCUCCCCACUACUUCUGUAGGAAGUCAAUAGGGGCAACAAAAGAGAAUUAAAAUUUUGAUCUUAGGGUUUAAAGGGUUAAGACUAGGGGAGGUGUAGUCCCAGGCAGUGUAGUCAACAUUAUGUUGCUGUACAUCAAUAAGGAGUAAAGAUGUAACCCGCUUCCUAGCUGCAACUUCUGCCGCUUCUUGCUUGCUUUUUAUAUCGAUCCUACCAGUUUUCGGUUAGAAGAUAGAGAAGCUGUGAAAAGUCCUAUCAAAUUAUUGGUAAGACAUGUCCCGUUUAUAUACAGCCUCUGCCAGGCUUUCACAGAGUAGUGACAUCGCGAAAACAAGGCAAACGGUCAUUUUUUGCAUCCGUUGUCACGAUAUUGGAGUACGGAACAAGCUUGUUUAUAUGCUUGGUCAGUGUUUUUAAGAUUUGACACUCCACACUCAAUUAACGACACACCUGGUUUCCAAGAGAGUUAUUUUUACCGCAAGGUGUCGUGCCUUAUCAACAUUGUGCCAGUACCGGUACAUGUUAUGACGUCUGACUGUAGUCACUCCCUUUUAUAUCUUUGAUUCAACAGUCUCUUCUUGAUGCCUCUGUUCUGAGUACUAUGGUGGCUGCAUAUACGGAUAAAAUAGAACGGGUUCUAAACCGCGGGACAUCCCUAGCACCCAGCGCGCUAUUGUUGCGUUUACGAGGUAAUAUUAGAAUAAGUUUUCUUCCAGUAUAAUUCUUAUUUUUACUUCUUUUGGUAAAUAUCAAGUGAAGACAUUUAAACCUUUUUCCCUUCGAUUUCCAACGGGCAGACGUUUUUUAUAUGUUGUUGUGGUGGUUGUGGUGGUGUUUGUUGUUGUUAUAUAUUGUUGUUUUCAUUCAGCAUUUUGCAGCGUAAAGGUUAGCGUACUUGCUUGUUCCUAACUUUGGCAUGUUGGAUUGUGAUUUAAGUCUCUUGAAAACUGUCACCUUGAUAAGGUAGAGACUUAUAAGAAUGUUUGCUUUUUUGGGUGUGCUCUUUCCAAGCGGAGCUCCACAAACUCCCCCUUGUUUGUUAAACCACACAUGUCCAAUACUCUCGAGCAGAUUCCAGUGGACAAAACCUGGAGUCCGACGGAGUCUAGUCGAAAAAUGAAACCGGAAGUUCGGUAGAGUCCACUUGUGUUACCGGAAGUUUAGUCAUGAGAUGAAACCGGAAGUGUAAACAAUACUUAGAGGAGGGUUGGAAAGUCGUCCGAUGGAGUCCAUCGGAUCCAUUGGAAACACAUCGAUUCCGAUGGAAUCUCAGGAAGUCUAGUCGUGGCAUGAGUCAAAACAAGCACACUGCACGUGUAACAUAACUCGUUCUUUAAGCCCUAAGUCGAGAAUGGCAAGCCUAACAGGAGACAGAACUCGUUCUUAAAGCCAUGAGUCGAAACAAGCACGGACGUCGGUACACAUAAGUCGUUCGUAAAGCGAUGAGUCAAAAGAAGCACGCUACACAAAAAAUAUAACUUGUUCUUAAAGCAAUGAGCCGAAACGAGCACGCUACGCGAAUGGCAUAACGCGUUCUUAAAGCCACGAGUCGAAACAAGCACGGUACCCACGUAACAUAACUCGUUCUUUAAAGCCUAAGUCCCCCGGGCCCUUUAUUCGAGACGGACUGGCACGUUUAAAGCCACGAGUCAAAACAAGCACGGUAAAGCUAUGAAACGGGGCAAAAGCCCUGCGAAACGAGGACAGUACACAAGUAUAUGCUUCGUUCUUUAAUGGUAUCUAUAAUAUGAGCUACACUUGAGUAGAAUUAUUAAAAGAAACAUACUGGUAGGCGGUAGGCAUAACAUUGAAACUGACAUUACAUGGAUACGAAUAGAAAAAUGAACUUUUCCAUCGGAAUCUAUUCGUGUCCAAUGGAUCCGAUAGACUUUAUCGGAACGACUUUCUACCCCCCAUCCAACAUGAGCGGAAUUUUUCUAAGUCUCUCACGAGUAGAAAAUGAACUUUUCCAUCGGAAUCUAUUCGUGUCCAAUGCAUCCAAUACACUUGGUAGGACUUAGGGACUUUACACCACUAGAAUUCCGGUUUUCCGAUGGAAAGCAAGGGGAUACGACUGGAACUUGUGUCCGUUGUUCUAUUUGCUCUCUAGUCCUUCAGCUAGUCCAUCAUUUUGUCCGUUGCUAUUUCUGGUCAUUUUUGCUUUAAUUAAGUCAGUCGCCUUGUUAGUACGCCAUUUCUUCCCUAAGAUCAGCUAUUGGUUAGUCACAAAAGUUUGGUUCUCUCAACUGAACUUGUUUUUGAAAACGGAGAUUUUUUUUCUCCGUUUUAGCCUUCCGUCCAUACGCAAGCGGAAUUGUUUUAAAACAUAAGCUUAUCAGACGGACGAAAACGAAAGCUUUCGAAUAUGAUGUCGUAUGUCAUACAACGCAUGCCCUGUACCCGACGAAAAAAGACAAUUUCAUGUUGUCAGCCGCAGGCAAGAUCAGAUUAGUUGUAGAGCUCACCCAGAUGGCAGUCAGCCACUCAGUAAAUCGUUCGAUCACUGGUUUGAUUGGUUUGACCUCUUCCUCUUAAUCGCGUCAUUAUUCUGUAGUUAUUUCCCCCGGCCUUUGUAUUUUGCAGGCAAGCUUCGUCUAGUGACUUCAACAGACCCCGUCUCGCGCAGCUUAACAUUGAGUAUUUCCUCAAAGGUAUAACGCUUUUCUUGAGCUACGUUCGUGAUUCUACUUAAGCAAUUCUAAUGAACUAGUCUCUGAUUACCAAUUCUAUACAUUUAUAGACACCGUUCAUUCUGCAAGAGAUCAAUGAAUUGCUCCAUCCGUUAAUGAAUGCCGCUGCCCAUAAUGUGCACAUGGCAUGUCCCGAGAUUCACCGUGCGCUCAAGUCUGUGGAAGUAGACGUGUCUGGAAGGAAAUCCAGCAUGCAAGAAAAAUUAAACUGAACGAACCCUUCACCAAUACGUAACUUUCCAGUUCCAAUUAUGACUUCCUUUCGUUUGAAAACCAUGUUACAGAACCAUUUUUUAAAAGUAGUAGCGAAAUCUCGAUUUCUGAUCAUGUUGGGCAUCAUCGCAGUCACCGUCAGCAAUUAGGUUUCUGGGAAACUACCCACCUACCCCU